GGGGGGGGCUCGAAAGUUCCGGCGAGCCGGGGGAGCGGAGCUGGGAGAGCUGCCGGCACCCCAGGAGGGAGGCGGUGGUCCUGGGAGCGGCGCCGGCGCGCCGAGACAGACUGGUGCUGGUGGGCAGGGCUCGGCCUGUGGGACCCCAGGGGCCUGAGGGGGAGGGGCGCCCGGGGGUGCAGGAGGCAAAUUGGCUGCCCGGGGUGCAGGAGGGACAGGUGGUGCAGGCUGUCCAGGAAACCUGCCUGCACGGGAAGUGGCCCCAGGAGGGAGGGGGACCCCCCGAGGGGCACAGGACCCGGAGGCGCAGACGGAGGAGGAGGUGGUAACUUACAGGUCGCCCGCCUGGCACCAGGAUCCCUCCAGGGCCGUGGGGAGCACAGGAUGUAGGGAGGUGGGGAGCGGGGAGCAGAAGGGCGCUCUGAGCCUGGGAGUUUUGGAAGUCACUGCUGAGGGCAGGCAGCGGCCCGCGGGAUCCUCAUCUGCUACCUCAGCUUCGGCAUCAUUAAAGCUGUGUCGGCUGGCAGGCAGCGGAAGGCGGCAGAGGCUGGGGAGCAGCAGCAUGCAGCCGGAGGAGGGCACAGGCUGGCUGCUGGAGCUACUGUCCGAGGUGCAGCUACAGCAGUACUUCCUGCGGCUCCGCGAUGACCUCAACAUUACCCGCCUGUCCCAUUUUGAAUAUGUCAAGAACGAGGAUCUGGAGAAGAUUGGCAUGGGUCGACCUGGCCAGCGGCGGCUGUGGGAGGCCGUGAAGAGAAGGAAAGCCAUGUGCAAACGCAAGUCGUGGAUGAGCAAGGUGUUCAGUGGAAAGCGACUGGAGGCUGAGUUCCCCCCUCAUCACUCUCAGAGCACCUUCCGGAAGACCUCACCCACCCCAGGGGGCCCAGCAGGGGAGGGGCCGUUGCAGAGCCUCACCUGCCUCAUCGGGGAGAAGGACCUGCGCCUCUUGGAGAAACUGGGCGACGGCUCCUUUGGCGUGGUGCGCAGGGGCGAGUGGGACGCACCCUCGGGGAAGACGGUGAGUGUGGCUGUGAAGUGCCUAAAGCCUGAUGUGCUGAGCCAGCCAGAGGCCAUGGACGACUUCAUCCGGGAGGUCAACGCCAUGCACUCACUUGACCACCGAAACCUCAUUCGGCUGUAUGGUGUGGUGCUCACACCGCCCAUGAAGAUGGUGACAGAGCUGGCACCUCUGGGAUCGUUGUUGGACCGGCUACGUAAGCACCAGGGCCACUUCCUCCUGGGGACUCUGAGCCGCUACGCUGUGCAGGUGGCUGAGGGCAUGGGCUACCUGGAGUCCAAGCGCUUUAUUCACCGUGACCUGGCUGCCCGCAAUCUGCUGUUGGCUACCCGCGACCUGGUCAAGAUCGGGGACUUUGGGCUGAUGCGAGCACUACCCCAGAAUGACGACCAUUACGUCAUGCAGGAACAUCGCAAGGUGCCCUUUGCCUGGUGUGCCCCAGAGAGCCUGAAGACACGCACCUUCUCCCACGCCAGCGACACGUGGAUGUUUGGGGUGACGUUGUGGGAGAUGUUCACCUAUGGCCAGGAGCCCUGGAUUGGCCUCAAUGGCAGUCAGAUCCUGCAUAAGAUUGACAAGGAGGGCGAGCGUCUGCCCCGGCCUGAGGACUGCCCCCAGGACAUCUACAAUGUCAUGGUCCAGUGCUGGGCUCACAAGCCAGAAGACAGACCCACAUUUGUGGCCCUGCGAGACUUCCUACUAGAGGCCCAGCCCACUGACAUGCGGGCCCUUCAGGACUUUGAGGAACCAGACAAGCUGCACAUCCAGAUAAAUGAUGUCAUCACCGUCAUCGAGGGAAGGGCUGAGAACUACUGGUGGCGUGGGCAGAACACGCGGACACUGUGUGUGGGGCCCUUCCCUCGCAACGUGGUGACUUCUGUGGCUGGCCUGUCAGCCCAGGACAUCAGCCAGCCGCUGCAGAACAGCUUCAUCCACACGGGGCAUGGCGACAGCGACCCCCGCCACUGCUGGGGCUUCCCCGACAGGAUUGAUGAACUGUACCUGGGAAACCCCAUGGACCCUCCCGACCUACUGAGCGUGGAACUGAGCACCUCCCGACCCGCCCAGCAUCUGGGAAGGGUGAAAAAACCAACCUAUGACCCUGUGAGUGAGGACCAGGACCCCCUGGCCAGCGACUUCAAGAGGCUGGGCCUGCGGAAGCCAGGCCUGCCCCGAGGUCUGUGGCUAGCAAAGCCCUCGGCCCGGGUGCUGGGCACCAAGGCCGGCCGCAGCAGCGGGGCUGAGGUCACACUCAUCGACUUCGGCGAGGAGCCCGUGGUCCCGGCCCCGCGGCCCUGUGCGCCCUCCUUAGCACAGCUGGCCAUGGACGCCUGCUCCUUGCUGGACAAGACCCCACCACAGAGCCCCACGCGUGUUCUGCCCCGGCCCCUGCACCCCACGCCUGUUGUGGAUUGGGAUGCCCGCCCACUGCCCCCACCCCCUGCCUACGACGAUGUGGCCCAGGAUGAGGAUGACUUCGAGGUCUGCUCUAUCAACAGCACCCUGGUGGGCACAGGGGGCUCUACUGGGCUCAGCCAGGGCGAGACCAACUACGCCUUUGUGCCCGAGCAGGCACGGCUCCCCCCUCCCCUGGAGGACAACCUGUUCCUCCCGCCCCAGGGUGGGUGCAAGCCGCCCAGCUCCGCCCAGACGGCAGAAAUCUUCCAGGCCCUGCAGCAGGAGUGCAUGCGGCAACUGCAGGUCCCGGCCGGCUCACUGGCCCCCUCACCCAGCCCGAUGGGCGACGACAAGCCCCAGGUGCCCCCCCGGGUGCCCAUUCCCCCUCGGCCCACGCGCCCACGUGUUGAGCUGUCUCCAGCCCCCUCCGGCGAGGAGGAGACAGGUCAGUGGCCUGGACCCAUCUCCCCUCCCAGGGUGCCUCCCCGGGAGCCCCUGUCCCCUCAAGGCUCCAGGACCCCCAGCCCCCUAGUGCCACCUGGCAGCUCCCCGCUGCCACCCCGGCUCUCAAGCUCACCUGGGAAGACCAUGCCCACCACCCAGAGCUUCGCCUCAGACCCCAAGUACGCUACCCCCCAGGUGAUCCAGGCCCCUGGCCCACGGGCUGGUCCCUGCAUCCUGCCCAUCGUCCGUGACGGCAAGAAGGUCAGCAACACCCACUAUUACCUUCUGCCCGAGGGCCCACCCUACCUGGAGUGCUACCAACGUUUCCUGUGUGAGGCCUGGAGUCCUGAGGAGCUGCCCCCCCUGCCUGUGCCCCUGCUGCCCCCACCCAGCACCCUUGCCCCUACCGCCCCCACUGCCACUGUUCGACCGAUGCCCCAGGCUGCCUCAGACCCCAAGGCCAACUUCUCCACCAACAACAGCAACCCAGGGGCCCAGCCACCAGCCCUCAGGGCCACUGCUCGGCUGCCGCGGAGGGGCUGCCCUGGGGAUGGGCCGGAGGCUGGACGGCCAGCAGACAAGAUCCAGAUGGCCAUGGUGCAUGGGGUGACCACAGAGGAGUGCCAGGCGGCCCUGCAGAGCCACGGCUGGAGCGUGCAGAGGGCUGCUCAGUAUCUGAAGGUGGAGCAGCUCUUCGGGCUGGGUCUGCGGCCGAGGGGGGAGUGUCACAAAGUGCUGGAGAUGUUUGACUGGAACCUGGAGCAAGCUGGCUGCCAUCUCCUGGGCUCCUGUGUCCCUGCCCACCACAAGCGCUGAGAUGUGUUGGGAGAGCCGGAGGGCCUGCCCUGAAGAAAUCAUUGAGCCUGUCCAUCCGAGGAGGGUGGGGAGACACCCCCAUCCAGGCUUGGAGGACCUGCUGCUACUUGCUGCUUCCAGCAGACAGAGCGAGGUCAAGGCAGCAGGAGGCUGGGAGCCCUGCCUUGCCCAUCCCUCCUGCACCCUGCACGCUUUGGUUCAGCCCUCAGUGCCCCAGCCAAGAUGCGGGCCGGAGCCCUGUGAAGGCGGGAACCCCGUGAAGGCAGGCCUGAGAUUGCCCCAGUGGGCCCGGUGUGUAACCUGCCUCUGGCUCCAGUCCUUGGCUGAGCCUGUGACUGGAGUGGUGACCCAGGGGGACCAUACUGAGAGGAAACCAGGCUUGACCUGAGCAGGGAGGAUGUGUUGGCCAGAAAGGCGGACCAGCACCUGGAGGACCUCCCUCGGGGCUGGGCCCUUUUCCAGGGAGCCCUUGACCGGCAGUUGGGGGGUCGAACAGAAUGUGACUUGAGGCCUGGCCACGGACAUGUUGUGGGACUUGGCUGGUCUCAGAGUCUUGUGCCUGGAAUAGCCUGAGGUGGCUCAGGAAGCAGAGAAAGGGUGCCAGCCCAUUAUCUGGCAGGGACCAGGGCCCAAGGCCCCAGGGUUGGAAGGGGACCAAGGGGGCAGCUGCCCGGAGGGACAUCAGUGCUUCCUCUUUGACCCCUCCUUUUCCCCUGUGCUGUUCUGUUUUCCCACCAGCCUCUGUCGCCAAAGUUGCUGCCCCAGCUAUCAAUACCUGCUUCUUCCAGAGAAAUAAAGUUAGUUUCUAUUU